CGUUCUUUGGUUUCCCUCCCGCGAAUUCCAACGAUUUCGAAUUUUUCCCAUCCAUGGCCACCGCCCUCUUCUUCCUCCUCACUGUCCUCGCCGUCACAGAGGCGGCGGCGCCUCCUCCGUCAAGCGGCGGCUGCACGGACCAGCUAAUGUCGUUCUCUCCGUGCCUGCCUUACGUGUCGUCUCCCCCAAACAAUCUCACGGAAACUGCUUCCGCCGCGUGCUGCGACGCCUUCUCCUCCGCCACCGCCGUGGACUCCCUCUGCUUCUGCCACCUUCUCCGUGAUCCUGUCAUCCUCGGUUUCCCUCUCAACACGACGAGACUCCUCUCACUCUCUUCCGUUUGCUCGUCAACCACCAAAUCUCUCUGCUCAGAAUCACUGGCUCUGCCUCCUCUCAACAGCGCACAAAUUGUAGGGAUCCCUGCUUUCGGUGGUGGACUCCGUGGUGGUGGAGGUCGCGGUGGAGGAGGUGGUUACCGUGGAGGAGGAGGGGGUGUGGGGCCUUUCGGAGGGGGUGGCCGUACAAGGAGUGGAUCAAGUUCAAGCAUGGCAGGUGGAUACAAGAGUUUGGUACUGUCUAUAAUGCUUGCCAUCUUUGUCACAAGCACACUCCUCCUCAACAGUAGUGUGUAGUUUUAUUUCUGAAUGAAUUUGUUUCCACUUUCCACUGUUUGCUAAAAUGUUACUCAUACUGAUUUUCAUUACCAUCAUCGUUUUUCAA